UCCUUAGUUCAGGAAAGAUUCUUCCUCUCAGUUCAGAGAUGCCUGCUGAAAAGGUUGAAGAGACUUCCAUGGGCAUGGUAAAAGCAGAAAUGUCUGCCCCAGACCACCUUCCAGAGGGAGACAUGGGUAAAAAGCAGCAAGGAAAAUGUCUCAGAAUCAUCUCUACCGAGUUUCCUGUUAAGCUUUACUGCUUCUGUGUAGUAAUUAUGGUUCUCACUGUAGCUGUAAUUGUGCUUUCUGUUACCUUGUCAGUGAGAAAAGAAAACCAAGUCGUUUUGACCCCUGGAUCUUGCUAUGCCAACUGCCCAAAUGGCUGGAUUGGAUUUGGAAACAAAUGUUUUUAUUUUUCUGAAGAUAGGAGAAACAGGACACUCAGCCAGGCGUACUGUGAGGCACAGGCUUCCCAACUAGCUCGAUUUGAUAGCCUGGAAGAGCUGAAUUUCAUGAAGAGAUAUGCAUCAUAUCCUAUCCGUUGGAUUGGCUUGUAUAGAGAGUCAUCGCAACACCCUUGGAAGUGGACAGACAACACUGAAUAUAAUCACUUGGAACGUAUUUUUGGAGGUGCACAUAUGGGUGCUCUGUCUGACUAUAUGAUCACCAAUCACGGGAGCCAUACAAAGCAAUUUUGGAUUUGUAGCAAGUUCAACAGCCGUACUUUACAGUAUUCAAUGUCCACUACUCUUUAAUUUAAGGCAUAUUUUACAGGUCACUCCUGCUGUCUGGGCCAAGACCAACUUACAGAGUGCCUUCUAGAUAAUGCCAAAACCUGAACCAGCUCCUGGAACUUCAUUGAACAUUUGUACCACCUCU